CUCUCUCCUCUUCAUUCCCUAAGAAAAAUUCCAUAUCUCCUUAGCAUCUUGAUCGAUCGCCGCCAUGUCGGGCCGUGGGAAGGGAGGCAAGGGGCUGGGCAAGGGAGGGGCGAAGCGGCACAGGAAGGUCCUCCGCGACAACAUCCAGGGCAUCACCAAGCCGGCCAUUCGCCGCCUGGCCCGCCGCGGCGGCGUCAAGCGCAUAAGCGGCCUCAUCUACGAGGAGACCCGCGGCGUCCUCAAGAUCUUCCUCGAGAACGUCAUCCGCGACGCCGUCACCUACACCGAGCACGCCCGCCGCAAGACCGUCACCGCCAUGGACGUCGUCUACGCCCUCAAGAGGCAGGGCAGGACUCUCUAUGGCUUCGGCGGUUGAUUUUGUUUUGGGGGGUGGUGUUUCGCUUCGAUGCGCCUGUCGUUGAAUUGGGUAGUUUGUUGUGGAUGGUUGCGGCGCUCUAGCGUUAGGGCUUUUGAUUUGGUUUGGAAUUGAAGUACCGUGUAAUGUGAAUACUUGGAUCGAUGCAAUGAGAAGUUAGCUUUCGCAUUGA